AUGCCGAGGCUGCUCGUGUUCCACCUGCUAGGAGUCUGCCUGCUGCUGCACCAGCUCCCCACAGCUCUCUGCUCCAAUUCAACAGAAAUCGUGAAGCUAUGCAGCUAUGAAUUAGUACACUACUGGAACAAACUAUGUGCCUGGAACAAGUGGGGACCUGUUUCCAGUAGGAGCAAGCCAGCAUUGGUGGCCGUCCUGCCCACAGAUAUGGCAUCAUAUACCAACAAAGAUACAGAAACCUUAAAUAAGAUGUCAAAAUUCAUUCCUAAUUUUCAAGAGGAGGGGGCGGCAAAUGAAGAACUUCAGAAAAUAACCCAGAAGAAAGACAGUGAAGCAGAAGACCACAGGCCUUCAGAAUUAAACCACUUAGGUUCAAAUGAACAUUCCAGAAGGAGGAAAACAUUAAGUGAAUCGUUAAGUGAAAAGUGUUGUGUCCAAGGUUGUACUGUAAAAGAGCUUGUGAGCGUAUGUUGA